AUGGAUAGGAGAGUGAGUGUUCCUAUUAAGACCGAACCCACGGAAGAAUCUGAACAAAACUUGGUAUGUGAAGCGAACCAACGGACAUCUGGUGGUGCUUCAGGUGUCAGGAAGAGGGAUUUUGAGAGCGUGACUGGCACUCGACCCAAGAAGCUCUCUGUGCGCACGGAUUUUGGCAGAGAUGUCGCUUAUACGGAAAACCAAUUCGGCGAAUUUCAGCGACCUGGAUCUUCGUUUUCGGACACCGCGAGACGACCGGAAGAUGUUGAUCCUAACUAUGUCAUCGGGUUUCAGCGUUAUGUAGAACUACUUAAUCGACUGGCAAGAAUUCAAGAACCCUCAGUCAUGUCGUGGCCGUGGGUCGUACCUUCUAUGGCUAGAAUGUACCAGAUGCAUGGGAUGUUUGCCCCUUACGUCAUGCUUCCUCCAUAUCCUUCCCCGUACAUGGAAUAUCCUUCGCCACAGGAUGAAGACAGGUCCACAGCGCCGUCUCCCGUGAGCUCUGAAGAAGCCCUGUCUCCGCCAGCCAAGAUCAGAAAAUAUGAUAAUGAAGUUGGCAACAACCGUUCUGGUCCAUCUCAAAAGGAGAUAAAGACAGUCCCUGUCAUGCCCGGCGCCUUCACAAAUCGCAGCAAAGUCCCUGAAGUGCACGAGGAUAAGCCAGCAGUAAACACAGGGGCAGCCAUAACUCAGCCUAUUGACACGCGAUGUCAGCAGCACCGAACAGACCUGGAUCGUGUCACUAGUGUUCCCCGACAGCUGAGCAGACCCGUCGCUAACCUGGAGUCGUCCACCGAGCGGGACUAUGAGUGUGGACAAUGCAGGAUGCGCACGCGCUCUCACCAUGGCCUGAAGAGGCACUUGAACAGCCACGGUGAUGUCCUUCCCACUCGGCCCGCUGUCUGCGCCAGAUGCAGGCAACAGUUCUUGAACGUCUUUGACUUGUACUUUCACGUGCUGUCCCACUACAAAGGCGACAGCAACAACAAUGGCGAUCCAGAGAAGACACGGGAAGAUGUUCCUCAGGCGACCAUGAAAGAUGACGAGCACACCCCCGGCGACAAAGCUGCCAAAAAGUCACUUCCCCGGUUAUUCGAGUGCGGCGAGUGUCAUCUGAGGGUUCGGUCGUAUUGUGGCCUGCGCAGGCACUUCAAAAAACACCCCAGCCUUGGCCCUCUUCCAGCAGUGUGCGGCGUGUGCAAAACGGCGUUCCCCAACACAGUCCAGCUACACGAACACAUGUUGAGUCACUAUGGCGUCGUCCCAAACGAAGUCAACGGGCAAUUGAAGCGACUCGCGUGCAAAUUCUGCGGCGAAACCUUCGUCAGUGCGGACGUGUUCUCCCGGCACCUCCUGUCGCACGAGAGAGGGGCGGCUCUUCCCUCGGCCACGAAAUAA